AGUGCGGCCAACUCGAUGAACUCGAAGGUGACAGAGUAUCCACAAAUUGAUUUAUACGAAUUCCUCACUGAGUCCGAACUGCAGCAAUACUACAAUGCCGUCAAAAACGAAUUGAAAAUAACGAACGCGGCCCAGUUCAAGUAUGCGGCGGACGAAGAUUUGCGCUUCAUUGGGCUCUCGCGCCCGGAAAUCCGGAGGCUGCGCAAGUUCUACGAGAAGCACUUCCCCCACAGCUACCUCAGCAAGAUCAAGCGUCUGCUGCAGGCGCCCGGCACGAUGGUGAAGCGGGAGGAGGUGCCCGGCGGCGGAGGCGGCAGCGGCGGAGGUCAGAUGCCGCUCGACGGCACUGGCGCCUCCUCCGGCUCCUCGCUGGUGGCCAAGAACGGGGCCAAUUCGCCGGGCAAGGUGCCCAACAACAAGCACAUCAUUCCGGCGGACUCCAUCAGUGUGAACAAGCAGCUGGGCACCGGCGAGUUCGGAAUCGUCCAGCAGGGCGUCUGGUCCAAUGGCAGCGAGCGGAUCCAAGUGGCCAUCAAAUGCCUGUGCCGGGAGCGCAUGCAGUCGAAUCCCAUGGAGUUCCUCAAGGAGGCGGCCAUCAUGCAUUCCAUCGAGCACGAGAACAUCGUGCGGCUGUACGGCGUUGUCUUGGCCACCGACUCGCUAAUGCUGGUCACCGAGCUGGCCCAUCUGCGCUCCCUGCUGGAGUGCCUCAAGGAUUCGGGAUUGCGCGUCAGCUUCCUCACCAUCCCCACGCUCUGUGAGUUCGCCCUGCAGAUAUGCAACGGCAUGCGGUACCUCGAGCAGAAGCGCCUCAUCCACAGAGACCUGGCGGCACGUAAUAUCCUAGUGUUCAGCAAGGACAAGGUCAAGAUCUCCGACUUUGGACUGUCGCGUGCGCUGGGCGUGGGCAAGGACUACUACAAGACGAACUUCAAUGUGAACCUAAAGCUGCCGAUCGCAUGGUGUGCGCCCGAGUGCAUCAACUAUCUGCGCUUCACCAACGCCUCCGAUGUGUGGGCCUUUGGGGUCUGCCUGUGGGAGAUGUUCUCGUACGGCUUCCAGCCCUGGGCGGCACUCACUGGCCUGCAGAUCCUCGAGGCCAUCGACUCGCCCAACUACCAGCGACUGGAGCAGCCCGACUGCUGUCCCAGCGAGUAUUACACUCUAAUGAUGAAGUGCUGGCAGGAUGAUGCUGCCAAACGACCACGUUUCGGUGAGAUCUACGACCAGCUGCCCGAUAUGAAGCCGGAGCAACUCAAGGCGGUGGUGAAUUGUGCCGAGCCCAAGAAGGAUCAUCUGCUGUAUCGCCAGGGCGACAUUAUCACUGUUCUCGACCGCAACACGGGCACGCCCUUCUGGAAGGGAGUGCUGAGCACCGGAAAGACGGGCUACUUCAACCCCUCCAACACGGUGGCCUUCCUCGAGGGCCUGCCCAGCUCCAGCCGUGAAUCCUUCAACCGGGUGAGCGACCACCGGAUCAGCAAGCGUAAACUGCGCACCGAGAUGAUUUCGAAGCCACAGAACGACUUCAAGCACACCGGCCAUGUCGGCAUCGAUGGAGCCACCUUUGGCGACAUAGCCUUUCUGGGAAGUUCGCAGAAUUACAAUCAUGUGCCCAAGCAAAUUGUGACGCCCUACAAACCCUCGGAGGACAUUGAGCAAACGCCGCUCCUGCUGCCGCCCACGCCCACGAGUCCGGAUUCGCUGCAGACGGCCAGUGGAUACUUCCCAGAGGGGGCCAGCAGCGGAGGCGCCAUGGGCACCUCCAUGAACCCAACAUUCAUUCCAUCGGCCGAGCACACGCCCAAGCUGAUAGCCACCAACGGCCAGAGUUCAUUCGACUUUGCAAGCGGGUCCACCAACCCGUUUUUCCUCAACCGAGGCGAUGAUGAGCAGGAGUUUGGCAUGCAUACCAACAACAACUAUGGCGUCGAUGGCAAGAGUGUCCAUUCGGGUGAGGCCAGUUGGCGCCCCAGUUCCCGGAGCAUUGUCGACGAUCCGCACGAGUAUCACGAGAUAUCCGAUGACGAGAUGACGGCCGAUAAGCUUGACUUUGGGCCAUCGCUGCUGGACGAGAUUAACUCGAUGUUCGGAUCGAUUAGCGGGGCAUCGGGCAAUCAGCCCAAAUCGCCGGGCUUUGAUCAUGUGAACAGCAAGAACGAGUUUGCCGAAAUGUCUGCCAAACUUGGUCAAAAGAGUGGCGACACCAAUGGCAACAAGCAUGGCCAUGGACUGCUGCCGACGCUCUCGAAAAAGAAGUCGUCGGGCACGGUGAAACCGAUUUCUGUAAAAGACGAGAGGAUUCUGAACCAUGCCAUCGAUAUGGCCAACGAGAUUAGUGCCAGGUCAAUGAUUGAUCUGGUCUCUGAUCAGACACCCGCCAUCCACAGUCCCAAGCGCAAGUUCAGCUUCAGGUUUCCGCAUUUAAGUAACAAUGGUGGCGGUGACAAGGCCGGCGGAGUGGGAGGAGCCAGCGGCUCCGCCCACACUCCCACCCACGGCAACGCCUCACCCUUUUCCAAGAAGAAAAACUUCACCGAGGAGCUGCAGAGCAUUCCGGACAUACAGUCGCUGAUCGGCAAGGAGGGACUGGAGGCCUACAACAGCCUGAUCGAGCGCAAGGCCCUGCUGGACAUCGGACCCAGUCCGGCGGCCACCCUGCUCCGUCACCUGGACACCGACGAGUUCGACCUGCAGAGCCUGCACCACUCGCACCACUCGCAUCAGCGCCCGAUGACGCUGCCCACGCGCGGUGCCGCUCAGCGGGUGCGCAAGGCGGAACUGGCCGCCGGCUUGAGUCGCCACAACGACGAGAACUCCAACUCGCUGGAGGCCUGCGAGAGUCCCAGCUACAUGACCCACGGCAGCUACAAGUUCCCGGAGGCACCGCCGCAGCAGCAGUCGGAGCCGCCACCGGAGUCGCUGCCAGAGCCGGAGUCACCGAAUCCCAUUCCGUUGCCGCCGCGCGAGGGCAAGAAGCAGGUGAAGACCAGCACGAAGCGUCAUGUGCGCAAGUAUCCCCUGAUCAUACCGGCCAACGGACUACAGCGCACCCUCAGCAAGCUGACGGAUUUCGGGGAAGACUCCGCUGGCAAGACGCCGGAGUGCUCCGCUCACACGCAACAGCCGACCAACAGAGCCAUCGAGGUGGUGGCCGCUGUCCGGCCAAACAGCAUACGUCGUCCGUCGCGGGAGUACGAGAACAUGCCGGCGUCGGGGAGUAGUGAGCCGACCCAACACACCUACCAGAACCUGGACAAACUGGCUCCGGCCGAUGCUGCUGGGCUGACGGACACCGCUUCGCUGCAGUUCGAGUCCAUCCUGGAGGCGGACUCCGGCAAGGAGGGCAGCCUGCAGUCGCCGGACGUGACCGACGGCUUCUACAACUUCUCCAUUCAGAAGGAGCACUACAACAAGGCCAGGGAGGCGGAGUUCGAGGUCACCCAGAUGGCCGGGCUGUAUGUGAACGACGACGAGCUGCGCAACCUGGACAUCGAGAGCAGCCGGAAGACGGCCACGCCGGGCAGCAGCUGUAGCGCCAGCCAGCCGGAUGAGGAGCCGCCUCCGGCAGAGCCUGCUCCGGAGCUGAGUCGACGCUUCUCCAGUGCGGACAGCGAGCUGGCCGGCAAUGCACUGUUCAAGAAGGUUCGAGCCUCCGUCAACAUGGCCAUGAAUCGCAACUCGGUGGCCGAAACCACUUCGUCGAGCGGCACACAACCAGGAGGAGCUGCUGCCAAGCCGCAAACCGAAGCCGAGUACUUUGCGGCCACGGCCGCUCGACUGGCGGACUCCAAUUCGGUGAGCUGCGAGGAUCUGCUGGAGUUCUCCGACAAGAAGCCCAGGGGAUGCGAACGUGGCGUGGACUCUGAUGAAGUGCGCAUCAUGGUAAAGGUACUCGGCAAAGAUAGCACGCCCAAUCGUUGUCUGGGUGCCCUGGAGUUCAUCAACUGGGACGUCCACAAAUCCAUCAAGCUCAUCAAACUGCAGAACCUGGUCAGCGAGGCCAAUCUCAGCCUGGAGGCCUCCUUCGAGGCACUGCAGCAGCACGAAUGGGAUCUGCACACCACGGCCCACAAACUGAAUGGCCUUAAACUUUGAAUACUCCUCUAAUUUCGAUUGCCUUGAUCUGUCUGUUUUAAACGACCACCGUUGCCUUAACCUCAUUACUAUCGUUUCGUAAUCGUAAGCUAAGCAUUGAAUAUAAUUAAGUUUCUGGAACCUAACGUAAUCACUGCUCGCCCAUUGGCUUCCUGCAUUCGGAUCGAUCGAAUCUCAGCAUGUACUUAUUCACGCAUGCUUGGUCUGCAUGCAAGUUAAUACUACUACCAGCAUCAAAAUACACAUUUAUACACCUUUAUAGAAAUUUUCAAUAAAUUAUAAAACUUUUUUAUAUA